AAGUGUUCAGAAAGUUUUCAACACCAGAUGCUCUAAAAGAAUGUCUGAUAUGCUGCGGAGAGUAAGGGAGAAUCAUGAGCUUCAUGGCAUCCGUCCUAACUGGAUAGGCGAGGAGGUUUUUCAUGAUCUUGUUACAUAUUGGAGGAGUCCAGAAUUCCGGGCUAAAUCAGAAACUUUUAAGAAGAUGAGGGCAUCUGAAAAGGGCGGUUGUGUCAACACAGUUGGAAGUAUUAGCACCGCCGAGCAUGCCCGACGAUUGGCUAAGGAGUUGGGGAGAAAACCAUUGAUGCCUGAGCUGAUUUCGAGGACCCGGACAAGGAGAUCGGGAGGUUUUGUCGACGAGCGCACGAAGUUGUAUCUUGAAGAUUAUGAUAGGCGACUUGCCAUUUUUCUGGAAAAUAAUCCUCAAUUCAUGCCAGCAGAGGGGGAGCCGCUAAAUGCGGAUGUUGAUCACUAUAUCUGGUGUGAGGUUAUUAAAGAAAAAGGACCUAAUGGUUGCUUUUUUGGUGCUGGAAAUUUGGCGGCCAGCUAUAGACGUGGUGACCGCAAUCUGUUUCAAAGACUUCAGGAUGGAGAGGGUGGAUCGCGUCAACCAAAUCUGACACAGGAACAAACUGAAUUAGUAAGGCAAUUGGCGAGACGCGAAAGUGAGGCCCAGAUCGAGAUGAUGCGGAAGAAGCAGGCUGAUAUGGAGGAGCAGCAUGCGCGACAGAUGGAGGGCAUUAUGAAGAAGCAAGCUGAGAUGGAGGAGCAGAUGAGACGGUUUAUGCAAGGAGGUGGAAAUUACAGUAAUGCUCCUCCUCAAGAGCCGGAGGAUGACGGGUGCAUUAGUGUAUGGAUUACAAGGACAUCAAGGUAA